AUGUCAGGAACACUCAUCAGAGCCGCACACAGAAUCGGACACCAGGUCAACACCAGGAACCUGUCUCUGGUGGCCCCUUCCAGCUCCCAUAUCGGUCUCUUGCUCAGACAGCCUCAGUCCUCCACUCGGUAUACUCCUCUCCUCUCUCGGUUCUCUCAGUCAUCCUUCUAUUCUACCGUAACGUCAGGAUCACCCAAGGACAACAGUGAGCCUGUCCACCCUACACCAGCACCCGUCGAGAAUCUCGCCAAGGUACUCAAGGCUGGAUCUGUUGGAUCGAUCGCCCCAGAGAGCAGCCUCUACACCGCUCCUGCACCUGAACCACUAGCACCCACCGGCGUUGUUGGCAAGGCAAAGGAUUUCUUCCGUAAGGGCAAGGAGAUUGUCAUUCAGUGCAAGGAUGGCGUGAAGCUGCUCUGGGUCAACAAACGGAUUGUCAAGGAAUUGAAGAGGGCCCAGAAGGAGGAAGGACAUGUCCUCAGCCGUCGUGAGUUUCAGCUCGUGGACAAGACAGAUAUUGAUCUCAAGCGUAUGAUUCCCUUUGGUCUCGUCUUCUUGCUGGCAACCGAGUACAUUCCAUUGAUCAUUAUAUUUGCCCCCCAAAUGAUCCCCUCCACCUGCGUCACCCCCACUCAAUUGGAGAACCGCCGUAAGAAGAUCCAUGAGAAGCGUUGCGCUAUGACUGAGAAGCUUAUCCGUUUGAAUCGCCGCGAGAUCACCAAGGAGACCCUCGCCAACUACAACUCGUUCAUCACAACCUCCAAGAAAUACGGCGAAGGAUUCGACUAUAACAUUAUCGACCGUGAGCACCUUGCAUCAUUCUGCAAAUUCAUGGGAUUGAGUGGAUUUGGACCCAAGUUCAUGUUGAAGAAGCGUUUGAACAAGCACAUGACCUAUAUCAAGCAGGACGAUGGGUUGCUCGAGAAGGAUGGCAUUGACUCGUUGACGUUUGCAGAGCUGCAGUUGGCGAACGAGGAGCGUGGUAUGCGGUCGUUGGAGGUCAGCAAGGAGCAUUUGGAAAAAUCGCUUGCCUACUGGUUGAAGCUGAGCUUGAGCAAGGACACCGAGGUUCCUCCAGCACUGAUGGUCUUUAGCCGGAUGUUCCUGCUGCACUCGACCUUCAAGUCGGAUCCCGUUAAGAAAUAG